UCCUCCCGGCAUUUAUCAUUCCCUCCUCCCAUCCUCUGUUCCAGUGGUAAACCCCUGCUCGCCUUGCCUUUCCGAGGAGUUCCCCUUCCCCGCCUCCUUCCCCGCAGUUCGAUCGCUUACCUGAGGUGUGCUUCGUGUUGGGUGGGCUGUGCAAGAACAGCGAGUUGCUGCGCCGUGUACCUGUGGCUUAGCUGCAGCCGUAACCAGCUGUGAGGCCUCGCUGCAUGCUGUGCGAGGAGAUGGCGGCCGACGCGGUGGGGCUCAUGGCUCGAGGAGCGAACGGCGGCAGGGCGGCGGACCUCGUCACCAGGGACUUCCUCGGCGGGUGCGCCGCCGCCGACGACGCCAGGGACGCGCCCGCGAGGCAUGACGCCUUGCCCGGGAAGCUGUCCCUGCAGAAGCACGCGUGCCCGCCGACCCCGAGGGACCUAAACCUGUUCCCCGUCGCCGCCACGAAACCCUGCCCCGCGACGACGGCGGCGCUGGCAGCGAGCACGGCGGCCUCCAGCGGCGCCACCACGACGUACCACAGCGUGUGCACGAUCGAGAAGGUGAAGACGGCCCUGGAGCGGUUCGAGCGCGGCAAGCAGCACCAUCAGCAGCACAGCGGCGCGGGCGCCGGCGGCGGCGCCGGCGCCGGCGCGUCACCAUCGUCGUCGUCCGUCACCACGUCCUCCGUGAAGCGCCGCGGCGGCGACGGCGCCGUGGAACAGGGCGACGGCUGCGACUCCCCCUCCGGCGGCGGGAUGGUGGCCGCGGCGUGCCCCAGGUGCUUCCUGUACGUGCUCAUCUCCCGGAGCGACCCCCGGUGCCCGCGGUGCGAGUCCCACGUCCCCGCGCCGGCCAUGAACAAGAAGCCGCGGAUCGACCUCAAUGUCGGCUUCCUGGGCAGCUAGCUAGGGGUACUCUAGAAGAUUGAUUGUCAUCCUACGUAAAAGUUAGAGUUCGUUCACGUCUCCAACAUGUGACCAAGGUGAUCUAAGGACCGAAUUGGGUACAUAGGGGAGGCGCCUUUUUGGUUCUCAUAGUCAUUUCUUCUCCGCAUGCAUGCCCCCCAAUUCUGUCACUAGGAAUUUAUGGUCGAUCAGGCACCCGAUAGAACAUGAUACUGCUACUGUAGAACAACUCCUACCACAAUUGAUCGAAAGCAUCUUCAGUUCAGUGGUA